UUUUUUAAUAAAGGGGCGGAGCUAGAGACCAUUGACACGUAAGAAUCCAGCACUAUUUUUAACGAAUGAGGCUAGAUCUUUUAGUAUGAAAUAAUGUUCUUUUUAAAUAUCGCCAGGUGCUAAAAUGCCCUAUUUGACUUAAUGUAUAUGCUUAUCCAAAGCGUCUGGGAUUAGUCCGGGUGUAGGCUAGGCUGUAGAAAGGACCGACGUAGUCAACGUUGAAAAUGAGAUUUUCUAUGUUUAUUUCUCUGCUGAGGCCGAUCGGGCCGGUAAUUAUCGGUAUUUCUUUGGGAUUUACCUUGAGUUUACUUAGUGUGAAUUGGGUAGAGGAAUCUUGUGUUCUCGACGGGAAAGCAAGUGAAGAAAUAAGUUUGGCCCAAGAUGGGAAUUCGAAAGGAGCGAGGAGACCCAAUUCGAUAUCGACAGCAAACGAUGUGGACGCCGAUGAGAAUUUUGAGCCAAGAAUAGUGCCAUAUAAACCAAUCCAACAAAGCCAACCAAAGAAAGUUUUUAGAGCGAAGUACAUCAGUACGGAGUUGGGGAUCCGGGAGCACCUCUUCGUGGGCAUCCUGACAUCCAAAAACACCAUCAACACAAUGGGAGUGGCAGUGAACCGCACCAUUAGCCACCACCUGGACACGGUAGUCUUCUUUACGGGCACGCGCAACCGCAAAGUGCCCCACGGCAUGUUUGUGGUCACCCAUGGCGACGAGAGGCUCAUAUGGAACAUGUUCCAAACUGUCAAGUACAUCCUCGAGCACUACGUCAAUGAGUACGACUGGUUCUAUCUGGCCCAGGACGACACGUACACGGAGGCCGACCGGAUCAAGCACCUGGUGGCACACCUCAGCAUGGACCGGGAGCUUUACAUGGGCAGUCCUGAGGAGUUUAUUGGCGGGGAAAUGGAGGGCAGGUACUGUUACGGUGGGUUCGGGUACCUGCUGUCCCGUACCCUGCUGCUCCGACUUAAACCCUUCCUGGAGAACUGUCGCAACGACAUCCUGAGUGCCAGGCCGGAUGAGUGGCUGGGCAGAUGCAUCAUUGAUUAUGCCAACUCCCACUGUGUGGAUGAACACGAGGGACUGCAGUACUUCCACUAUGAGAUGGGCAAGAACUCCGAUCCGAGUAAGGAGGAUAAUGUGCAAUUUAAGAAUGCCUUGACUGUCCACCCAGUGUCUGACCCUGAGCAGAUGUACAGACUGCACAAGCACUUUACUGAGAUUGAACUGCAGAGGACGUAUGAUGAGAUUGAGAAGUUACAGGCAGAGAUUAAAAAUGUGAGUGAAGUGGCUUUUGAUGGCAACAGGAGCUCCCAGUGGCCAAUUGGGAUCAAUCCUCCCUUUGAGCCUAAGUCUCGCUUUGAGGUCCUUCGAUGGGACUACUUCACAGAGGAGCAGGUGUAUUCCUGCAUCGACAGCUCCCCCAAGUGCGAACUGCGCGGUAUUGAUCGGUUGGAUGUAGCCGACGUCAUUGAGAUAGCAAUGGGGGAGCUGAACAAGAAAUACAAGCCCAUCCUCCACCUGAAGAAGCAGCAGCUGAUCAAUGGCUACCGGCGAUUUGACCCAACUCGGGGCAUGGAGUACACUCUAGAUUUGCAGCUAGAGGCGGUCAACCAGAAAGGCCGCAGUCGCUCUAUCACUAAGAGGGUUCACUUGGUGCGUCCUUUGAGUCGCAUUGAGAUCAUUCCCAUGCCUUAUGUCACCGAAGCCACCAGGGUUCACAUCAUCUUACCAUUGACCCUUCAGGAUCGGGACUAUGUGAAUCAUUUUCUUGAAGUGUUUGCGGCAAAUUCAUUUGAGACCAGUGAAAAUGCGAUCUUGACUUUCCUGUUCAUAUAUGACCCAUUCGAGGCCCAGCAGGUGAACCAGAAUGACAUAUUUGCCAGUGUUAAAGCUCAGAUCAACGCCUAUGAACGCAAGUAUCCAGCUGUGAAGAUCCCAUGGAUAAGUGUCAAGACAGAAACCCCUUCUCAAAUCAAAUUCAUGGACAUUAUCUCGAAGAAGCACCCAGUGGACACCUUGUUCUUCAUCACUAAUGUCAACACCAAUGUCAACUCUGAGUUCCUCAACCGUUGCCGCAUGAACUCCAUCAACAACUGGCAGGUGUUCUUCCCGAUCCACUUCCAGGACUAUAACCCAGAUAUUGCCUUCCAUAACCAGGAACCGCCGCCCACAAUGGACCUGGUCAAGGACACCGGGCACUUUGACCGCAGUUCGUUCGAGGAGGCGUGCUUCUACAACUCGGACUACAUGGCGACGCGCACACGCAUGGCUUCCGACGUGCAGGAGAACGAGGAGAUCCUCGAGACCUUGGACAUCUAUGACACGUUCGUCAAGUACUCAGUUCUGCAUGUGUUUCGGGCUGUGGAACCGGCCUUGCACCAAAAGUACCGCUACCAGGCCUGUAACCCGCGACUUAGUGAAGACAUGUACCACAGGUGUGUCCAAAGUAACUUGGAUGGCCUGGGUUCACGCUCCCAGCUCGCCAUGCUAUUAUUUGAACAAGAGCAAGGAAAUAGCACUUGAUCAUACCCACCUGAAAAACAUAUGAGUGUUUGUGUGUGUGUUUGAGUGUGCGACAGUGUGAUUGUGUGCGGGUUUGUGCGUAAGUCAUAGUGUAUUAAAAUGAAUGCAGUACAUUCCCAAGAGGACUUUUUCUUUUUUUUUUUUUACAGAAUGUUUACAAUAAAAUGUGCUGCCGUACAAACAAAUAAUGCUGGAACCAAACAUUCAUGUUUUAUACAUUGACAUUAUUUGAAACCUUUGAUUUGGCGGUCAUGCUGGGAGGCUUAUCUUAUUAUUUUAAUGUUACGAAAGUUCUAAGUACCUUAGAUUUUAGGGUUUAGCUUUAAACCUGCACAGCUUUUAAAACUUUAUUUGCAGUUAAGUAAUCACUACUAAAGCACAUUUUAAAGGGGAAUUUUUCCAUAGCUCAGCUAGUUCCUAGAAUCUUGCAGUAUUUAUUUCCUCUGUACUUGUCUGUUGAUGGAAUACCACAAGGUCCAGCGUUCAUUGUGAAUGUAGAUUAUUUCCCGAUUUAUGUGCACUAAAAAUGUUGUUGCUUACAUCGACCUUUCUAAGUUAGACCUGUCUGCAAAUCCCAUUUAUUGCACCAAACCGAUCUCCUUGGUUGGUAUAGCUGUAGAAUUACCACAAGUUCAAUUUCCCCACCAUAUAUAAAAUCCUCUUCAGUUUCCUCCAUUUCAAACAAAUAUGGUUUAGUAUCAACAUGUAUAAGCACAUCAAAAUACACUUAAUCCGACCUCAGUCUUGAUGAGAUGCCAGUAUGUUUUUUUUUAAGUUAGUUAGCUAGCUGUCUGCCAAGGAUAAAAACAAACUUGACAAAAAUAAGUUUAAAAAAACAAUGUGCUUUAGCGGUGGACUGUCCAUAGCAGGAAUCACCACCCCUCAAUUGUUGUAGCCAGAUUAUGGAAGAAUGUCGACAGCUUGUAUAUUCAUCAAUAUAUCAGCUCACAGGAACAUUGCUGAAAUACAUCCAGUGGCUCCAUCAAACAACCACAAUUGCGACUACACAUAAAAUGACUCGUAGCACAAUCAGUAACACAUGACAUUUUUGCAAAAUGAAACAAUGUGACAAUUAUUUUUCUGAUCUUGCUUGCCCAUUAAUACACAUUCUGAUGUCACAUUCUGACUUUCGCCAUUCCCGCACUCCGUCUUGUCAAUUAUGCAUGAAUCCAAUCUCGCUGAUCUAGAAAUGUCUCUAACCACCUGAAGCUUAAUUUAUACCUCCACUUAAAAGCGAGUGCAUAGAAUUCUGGGCUAGUUUACAGUUGUUGCUGGUUUGGUUUUGUUAUAAACUGACAUGUUAUCUCUAUAUUAAAGUAGGUAUUUGAAAUUAGUUGAAAUCAGAAUAUAGUUAUUAAAGGUAUUGAACAUUGUUACACGAUACAUUUUACAUUACGUUUUUAUUACAUUAGAAAAUACCAAAAAAUAUAUAGUUUAAAAUAACAUUGAUAUUGACAUUUCCCUGCAAUAUAAGUAUGAUUAUUGUAUUUAUUUAAAUGGUACCACAUUGUAGCCUUCAAUAUGUAAUAGUUUGGCAUCAAACUAUUAAUAAUUUUACAUUCAAUUCCCACUCUAUAUUGUGCAACCAGAGGCCUUUUGAGUGGGUGCAGCAGGUUGUAAAACCGAAUUGAGAUGUCAGUUUGAGUUAAAUAUGUGCAAUACUGUAUAGAUUAUAACAAAAAAUGGAUAACUGUCCAAUUAAGGGCAGUGAUUAAAUUUGUUUGAAAUGUUGCAAGUUGAGUACAUGUUCUAAUUAUAUUUUUAAAACAUACCAAGGUUAUAUCCCUUGAAACACUGAAUGUGAUGACCUAUAACAACUCAACUGACAUUUACUGUUUUUUGUUUGUUAAUUAUUACACUGUACAUUUAAAAAGAUUCAAUAUAUAUUGUAUUAUACUGAGAGAAACAGUACUGACACUGAAUCUAUCAUGAAAUGAAUACACACAAAUUAAUACACACUACACACUACAAUUCCCUUGUAGAUCUAGAUAUUACUUGGUAAUUUCCUCCAGGAUUCUUAAUAUGUACAGGACUAUUUCUCUAGAGACCAUAUGAGAUUACAUUAUGCAAAUUCAGAAUGCUGAAGCUCAGAGAUUCUCAUUUCCCUGUAUCUGAGGUGUAUAUAUGAUAGUAUUCUAAUCAUCAUGACAAAUGACCUGUUAUUAGAUUUGUUUACACGUUAUACUAUGUCCAGUGUGGAGUAUUCUCUUUUUACUACCAGUGUAAUUGCAAGUAUUGGAUUCAGUCGGCGUUCAAUCAAUCAUUUAUUUAACCAGUAAUUUGAAGUGUAUUGUAGUAUGUUUCCAAUGGUGGCGUUAACCAAAGCCAUUACUCAUCUAAUUGAGAAACAGUGACAGGUUGGAAAUUCAAUCCAUAUCCUCCCCUUAAAGUAGCUGACCCAAGGCUAUCCAGACCUAUAUGAAAAGGUCCUGCGUACAGAACACUGUAAAUUAUACAGAACAUUACAAAAUUAAACAACUGUAGAAAUGCAACAAAUGGAACACAAAAUACGAAUUGGUAAAUCUUCUGUUACAACCGCUUUGCAUGUGUCCUGUUACUCAAAAUACGUAAUGUAGAUCAAAUCCUCAAUGAACUGUGAAUUAUUGUAAUUAUUGAAUAAACAAUAUUUAAGUAUGUA